AAUGACAAUAAGUGUGGCACCAGAGGAAACUGACAAAUAGUCAAGUCUAAGUACCACCUACCUUCGACACCACUCAAUCAAUCUUGUACCUGUGUGUGUAACCAAGAAGGAAGGAGAUACCAUCUCAUUUCUCUGUCUUCAUCAGCUUAUAAGAUCUGUUCUCUUUCAAUAUGUUUGUAGGUUGUGUCAUUCUGUUUAUUCUGAACCUGAGACCUGCUUAUAUUUCCAGGUAAAAGAUUUUGGAGAAAAUGACCACCAUUAUGGAUGAUCGUCGUCCUUUCCCAGAAGAUCUAAUAUUGGAUAUUCUACUGAGGUUGCCUGUGGAAUCACUCUUGCGUUUCAAAUGUGUGUGCAAGCAUUGGUAUGCUCUCAUCAAAAGUCCGAGUUUCAUAGAAAAGCAUUUUCAUCACAAAAACAAUCGUGCCCGUCUCCUCGUCUGUAACUUGAAAGUAGCACAUGAAGGACACGUGCCCGUUAAGUCUGUUGUAUUUUCCUUGUUCCCUGAAAAAAUAGUUCCAGGUGUAACCCCUGAACAAAAAACUCUCCUUCAUCUUCCUAGGGUCUCUGAUUUCACGUGUGUUGCUGGCCCAGUUGAUGGCUUAUUCUUGGUGCAGAAAAAGUUUUAUGGAGAUGUCCACUUGGGUUUGUGGAAUCCUGCCUCCAGAGAGUUCCGGCCUCUGCCUCCUGCACCUUUUGAUAUUGAGGACUUCUUCUCGGACCAUGAUCAUAAAUUCGGAUUAGGGUUUGACCUGUUGACUCAAGAUUAUAAGGUUGUAUGGAUUCGAGUAUUCUGGGAUGAAGAUGGACAGGGAGUUUACCCUUGUGUCUUUGCCUGUGUGUAUUCCUCAUGCAACAACUCAUGGAAGAACCUAACAACUGAAAUCCCUUCCAGUUGUACCUUAUCUGCGCCCCUUGACGCCACUUCUCUCAAUGGGGUUUAUUAUUGGCUUUCUAGGGGCCUAGAUGAGAUCUACAGCAUACGCUCAUUUGACAUGGGUACUGAACAGUUUGGGGAGAUGCAAGGCCCAAAUAUUCCGAGUAAACAUUGGGGCGCCCUCACAUUGCGUGGUGGCUCACUUGCUAUGUUAGCCGGUGACCCUGGUAAACCAAUGACAUCCAUAUAUGAUGUGUGGAUAAUGAACCAAGAGGAGGGCAGUUGGUCCAAAGUUCUUACUGUUCAACCUCAUAUAGAUGCUCAUUGGCCUCGCAACAUCUGGGAGAAUGAUAAAAUGGUUUUCGAAAUCAAUGAAACUUCACAGCUGGUGCUAUAUGACCCUAUAACAAGAGAAGUCACAGAUCUUGGAUUUCAGCUGGACCUUAGCAUUGCUGGUUGUUGGGUUUUCAAUUACAAGGAGAGCCUAGCUCCAAUAAAGAGAGGAAAUGAAAGUCAGGGCCAAGAUAAUGCAGUCGAGCAAAUUGAACACUUCUUCCAUAUCCUGCCAAUAGAUCCACAAACCUCUGAUGACUCGGAUUAAGUGGUUUGGGAUGAUGGACUUAAAUAUUUGUUUUUUAAUUGGACUCGGAUUUUGUAGUAACAGAAACCAGAAAACAGAAAAAACCGAAUUACCUGUAAUAUUGUGACAUUAGCUCUAUCUUACCUCCUUGUAACAUUGUGUUUGAAACUUAAAAUUGCUUGGAUAAGUCAUUCUUGUAUUGUAUUGAAUGAUUUAUUUGCUCUA